CGAAAUCUGAAAGGCUGUAGUGGGUAACGGUGGUCAGCGCGGCGGCAGUUUCCAUACAGACCUCCUAUGGAUGAUGACAGCACCUGUCACUCUUUGGUUGUGGCAGUUCACCUUUAACUUCAUUUAUGCACGGGAUACGUGCUCUGCUGCUGCUUUUCUCUCGUCGUAGAAUGGAAUGGAGUGUGUACUUGGGACAUCAUCCAUGUGAAGCUACUGUGGGAAACUGUUGGAUUUCAGACGUGGGCCCUCUGGAAUUCGGUGACCUCUGAGGUCACUAGGGUCCAGAUGAAUGAGAGGUAACAGAAAUCAGUCACAAUGGGGAACGUUUUUGAAAAACUGUUUAAAAGUCUAUUUGGGAAAAAAGAGAUGCGGAUUCUUAUGGUGGGUUUGGAUGCAGCUGGAAAAACCACGAUCUUGUAUAAAUUGAAACUGGGAGAGAUUGUGACUACUAUCCCUACAAUAGGUUUCAAUGUGGAAACAGUAGAAUAUAAAAAUAUCAGCUUCACGGUCUGGGAUGUUGGUGGCCAGGACAAAAUCAGACCUUUGUGGAGACAUUAUUUCCAGAAUACCCAAGGUCUGAUUUUUGUGGUUGACAGUAAUGACAGAGAGCGAGUCAAUGAGGCCCGAGAAGAACUAACCAGAAUGCUAGCAGAAGAUGAACUCAGAGAUGCAGUCUUACUGGUAUUUGUAAAUAAACAGGAUCUUCCCAAUGCUAUGAACGCAGCAGAAAUAACAGACAAGCUCGGCCUACAUUCUCUCCGCCAGAGAAACUGGUACAUUCAGGCCACUUGUGCCACCAGCGGAGAUGGGCUUUAUGAAGGCCUGGACUGGCUCUCCAACCAGCUCAAAACCCAGAAGUGAUUGGAAGCGCUCCAUUCCCCAUGCAUUGUGGCAAAGUCAGCUGGCCUCUUCUGUGUGCUUGUGUGCGUGUGAGGAGCCGAGUAUGGGUGUGUGGCUGGGAGUGGGAGCAGCUUUCUCACACCGUGCCUUAGACAUGCUAUAUAAGAAAACCAGUCUUACAUUUGAAGAAAAACCAGUGUUACAUUUUAAAUGCUACCUUCCAUUUCAGUAGUUUCGAGGGUCAGCUUAGCUGACAGAGGGAUCCUGAGGGCUUCCUGGUGCACAAUAGCCAGAGUAGUCUUUGUGGUGGGCAGGAGGAGGAGAGUGGGCGUGGGGAUGGAGCUGACUUGUGCAAUUUUGGGUCUGGUGUCUCUGCAUAUACCUGGAGUCCUCUUAUACUUUGGUGGCCUUUUGUAAAAGAGGAAGGACUUGUCAUUCUUGCCUGUCACUGCCAGACCUAGCAACUCACGUUUCAGUGCUUUAAAGCAAAAGAUCUUCAAGAAAAAUAAGCACCUGCUUGCUGCAGGUUUUAAGUUCAGAUUUGAACUUUUCCCUUAAGUUAUUUUCUUCCUGGUUUAAUGUGCUUUAUUUAAAGGAACUCAAGAUCUUUUUCAUUAAGACUCCAGAACACUAGAAGAUUAUCUAGUCCUCCCCUUGUGCUAGUUCCUUCCCCCAUUUCCCUCUUAUUUGCCAAAUGGAGACCAUUUGGGUCAGUAACCCAGCGUGAGGCUGAGGUUCUUCACUGGGGCCACACGGUGGAGUGAAGGGCCGGGUUACGGAAGCAAGGUGAGGGUCAGAAAGGAGGUGAAGGUCGUGUGUCUUUGUAUCACCACCUCGGGUUUCAGGCUCCUGAGACUGCUGCUCCCACUGCUCUGCUCUGUGCUGAAUGUUCUCUGCUUGAGGCAGGAGGUUCACUCCUGGGAUGGAAUCGUCACCCAGUUCAGUUGUCUCAGUUCAGCUUGCAGUUUCGGUUAGUUUCUGUUCCCAGAACCACACACCUGUGAGUUCUGAGAGUGAGAGAGGAUCGAGAGGUUAAUUUUGGAAACGAAAUCCCUGGCAACCCCUGUUAACUGCCCCUGAGUUGGUGCUAAAUUUUGCCUGAAAAAUGUCCAAUCUUGACUGCUCUCUGUGGCGCUGACUCCCUCUUCUGGAUGGCAAUAAUGUCUUAUGUUGAAACUUGCUUUAUGUUGUCCUCAAAAUAUUAAUGGAGAUGGCCCAGGGAUGAGCUUGGUUUCACAUGGUAGUCCAGAGCUUGUUUGCGCAGACAGCUGUUGGCCAAGUGUGUACUUAAGCGCUUUCCCUACUUCACCUUUGAAAGUUCCUUUUUCAAAAAAAAAGGUUUAUUCAAAUUACAGAGGAGGGGAAUGUAAAGUGAAUUUUAACAAAAGUAAACCUUGUAUGUUAAUGAUGAUGAAGUUGAUAUUAAUAGGAAGAAGUCUCAUACCAUGAUAAAUGUGGGGUGUAAUGUUUUUCUUUAUAACAAUGUGACUUGAAAGAAUGUUCAUUGCAAUACUGGCAUCCACGUCCAGAUUUGAUUUUUAACUGGAGUAAUUCCUGAGAAAUAUUUAGGUUGUACAUCUCAAAUUGGCAGGGACUGUGUCUUACACUUUUGUAUUUAUGCUUAGUACAGUGUACCCAGUACGGUGCUAGGCCUCAUUAAACAAUUAUUGAUUGGUUGGACAAUAAAGAACUUGCUUUGGAAGGAGGAGAGGACA